AUGUCCACCUCUACGGAAACAGACGACUACCCUGCUCCCACAGAAGAAGAAAAGACAUCGCUGCGCAGAGUCCCUGCGAGCCUCCCUCUGGUAUCCUUUUCGCUGUGUAUUGUCGAGUUCGCGGAGCGUGCAUCCUACUACGGCGCCAAGAAUAUCUUUUCCAAUUUCAUCCAAUUUCCUCUUCCAAAGGGUGGAAAUGGAGCUGGUGCUCCCCCGAGGGGCACACAGGAGACGGCCGGUGCGUUAGGAAUGGGUCUGCAGGCUAGCUCAGGGCUUGUCCUUCUGUUUUCCUUCUUAGCCUAUGUCCUGCCUAUUCUCGGUGGAUGGUGGGCCGACGUCUACGUGGGCCGCUACAAGGCAAUCUGUGUCGGUGUAGCAAUCUGCGGCAUCGCACAUAUAAUCCAGAUAAUCGGCGCCAUACCAUCCGUCCUCCAAAAAGGUCCAGCGCACGCCGCCCCUCCGUUCAUAAUCGGCCUUCUUCUUCUGGCGCUCGGAGCCGGAAUCUUCAAGCCCAACAUCGCACCCACCAUCCUCGACCAGAAUCGCCAGAAGAAGCAGUACACCAAGGUUCUGAAGACGGGAGAGAAGGUCAUUGUGGAUCCGGAGUUGACCACCACGCGAACGAUGCUGAUCUUCUACGCGUUUGUGAACAUCGGGGCGUUCUAUAUGCUUCCCACUGCGUACGUGGAGAAGUACGUUGGGUUCUGGUUGUCGUGGGUACUGGCUGGAGCGAUAUACUUUCUUCUCCCGGUCGUGUUGGCAUUGGUGUAUAAGAAGACGUACAAGCAGCCUCCAAGCGGCAGUUCAGAUCUCACCAAGGCUAUGAAGAUCGUCUCGACUGCUCUCCGUCGCAACAAGUACCGCGUCUGGAAGAAGGAUUUCUUCAACGCCGCUAAGUCUAGCGUGCUCGCCGCUGAGGGGAUCCAGGUAGAUUGGAACGAGAAGCUGGUCGACGAUGUGCGACGCACGUUGGUGGCCACCGAAGUCUUCUUCUACUUCCCCAUCUGGAUCCUCAACGACGGGGGCAUCGGCUCCGUCUCCACCAACCAAGGCGCCUCAAUGACCACCAACGGCGCCCCCAACGAUCUCCUCACCAAUUUCAACGCCUUGACAAUCAUCGUCACAAUUCCACUCCUCAGCCACGUCGUCUAUCCCGCUCUCGCUCGGAACCGGAUUCCCUUCGGCCCAGCAAGCCGGAUCGUCUUUGGAUUCAUCCUCGCGACCAUCUCCAGCGUCAUCGCAGCGGUAGUCCAGUGGCGCGUUUACGAGACCUCACCCUGUGGCUACCAAGCCUCGACGUGCGACGGCGUCAGCCCACUGAGUAUCUGGUGGCAGAUCCCGAACAUGGUGCUGGGUGCUCUGUCGGAGUGUUUCUGCAAUGUGACGGCGUAUGAGCUGGCGUAUUCGCGGGCGCCGCCGAGUAUGCGCGGCCUAGUCACGGCUAUCUUUCUGUUUACGCAUGCGUUGUCCAGUGCGAUAGGGGAGAUAUUGAUUCCGGCGACGAAGGACCCGUGGCUGAUUUGGAUCUGGGCCGCGCCGGGUAUUGCGUUGGCUGUGCAGACGGUGGUCUUCUGGUGGCGGUUCGGGCAUUUGAAUGAUGAGGAGUUUAUGACGGAUGAGAAGGAUUAUCAGUAG